AUGAACAACGAGAAUGACAGCAGCGAUAAGUCUAAUGGCGACGCCACAAACAACGGGAUAGCUGAUGACAGACACAUUCCACCGUCACCUCCAGUGACUGUUCCCGACGACCGACCAUUGGCCAGCAACUACAUCGGAGAUGGACAGUCCACCAGGUCAAGGGACCAGCCCGUGAUUCUUGAAGAAACAGACGGUGACCCCAACUUGAAUUGCGCCAGCGGAGAAACGGAUGCCGUUCAGCAUCAAGAGCCUCCCAUUCGAUUCGAUAUGCUGCUCGAGGGAACGGGUCUGUUUCUCGACCUAGAUACGGCCGACACAGUACCUACGCCCUCGAUUAUGCUAGGCACCUAUGAUGAGCCAACCAACUGGCUCGAUUAUAACCCCGAUCUAAACUUCCUUCCCUAUAUUAUGCCAAGCAACCCGUCUGCUCAUAUGGCAUAUGACAAACAGAUGGAGAGACCGACAGUCGCACCACCCCAUAUCACAGCCUCCCGGAAUCCGCCUUCUUCAGACCAGAUGAUGGACCAAGGCGCAGUGACAGAGCUAUACAGCCGUAGUCACACGCCUGCCAUCGAUCAAGAUGCCGUCGAGCUCAAGCAUUAUCACCCCGUCUCAAUUGAAAUGGAUGCUCCGCUUGUGUUCCCUGAUAUGUCCCAACUCGGAACGCAAGAUAUCGACGAGGAAGAUCUUGCCCACGUGGACGAACUCCCACAAGAAGCCGUGGAACGGGUCAUUGGAUACGCCACAGAUAUGCAACGAAAACCGAGCUUCCCCCCUUUCAUAGAGCUUCGCAUCCCCCCUGGGCCGGUACUCAAUGCUUGGAUGCAGCUCUACUUUGAAUUCUUCCAUCCUGUGUUUCCCAUCCUACACAAGCCUUCUUUUACGUCAAAAAAGCGUCACUGGCUUCUCAUGUUUGCUGUGGCUGCAGUGGGUGCUCAAUUUUCAAAUAUUCCAGACGCCCGCCGAUGUUCGAGGGCGAUGCACGAACUGGUUCGUCGGCAGUCAGCUGCUAUGUGCGAGAGGGAGAACUACAUGAGUCGUGAGCUGUGGAUGCUUCAGACCAUUGUCCUCAACCGCGUGGGUUUGAUGUACGACGGCGACAGGCGGUCUUUGGAGGUUGCAGAGAUCACGCAAGCGCUGCCAAUCACCCUAGCAAGGCGGAAGGGGUUCUUUAAUAACUUGUUGCCCAUGCAAAAGUUUUCUCAGCUCCAAUUGCCACUCACGCAUAAAUGGCAGAUAUGGGUCUUAGAUGAGGAACGAAGACGGCUGGGAUUCUCGGUUUGGGUUACUCAGCUUUUAGAUGCUGCAUUCGCUUCUAAUUUCGAACUCAGUCGAUUGGUGAGGGUAUCGGAACUACAAAUUCCCUUGCCGCAGCCUGAUGAUCGUUGGGCAGCUGCUAACGCACAAAGUUGGGCUGGGUUUUCCAACGUCCUCGAGUACAACGGCUCACAUGGAGUGUUUACCAUCGAUCAGGUCGUGACGAAUAACUGCUGGAAGUCUGCCUGGACAAAAACGAAUACCAUCGGCAAACAAGUCAUCCUUCAACGACUGACGGACAUCAUAUGCAGUACAGAUGCACCCACUGACACAGAUUCCGCAGUCGAGGUGUUGAACGAUCUGCUAAACAUGAUUGAGAGUGAGCAAACUGCCCAAGCCGUCGAUGAGCUCAAAUCCGUCACCACUCACCAAUUAAUGGCCUUGACCGGGCUGAUGUUUCACAACACCCCAACCUCCAAGAUUCUUCCAAUUGUAGUCAAGUCUAUCUAUGGAAAGUUCAAAGACGAGGAGUGGACGCAAGCAGCUCAGCUAUGGAGGGAAUCAGGGAGACAAGCUAGGUUGGCGUGCUAUUUCGCCGCACGAAUUAUACAUGUGACGCGGUCGAGCCACUGUCCGCACUUUGGAGCACCAGUCUCGCUACUCAGCGCUGUUUUCAUUCUCUGGAUCUACUCCAAGCUCGCUCAGAGAUGCCCUGAUGGCCUGCUCCUCUUAUCGUUGGGCCCAGUCGUGGUGCUCGGUCCGAAGGCGCGACGCGAUAUGUCCGACACCAGCUGGGUUGAGAACGGAUGGAGUCAGAUCAAAAUGCCUGGUGUUGGUAAUUUGUGUAAUGUUCAGGGGCGAAGGAAAUUUCUGGAUGAGGCCAUCCUGUCCAUGAGGUCUCUCAAGGGGUGGGGCAUAAGUGCGACAUACUCUCAGCUACUCACACGGCUGCGUGCAAGUGAGCCAUCGUCAUAA